CCUGACUUUUAAUGCACUGACAAGGACAAAGUGUCUUUUUCUGGAGCUUGUCUCAGGCUGUGAGUUGUUCUGCAGAUUGAGGUCAUGCAUGCAGCCACUUUGUAAGCUGAUCCCUCUCCCCUAAGCCACCGGCCAGGCAUGCAUAGGGGCGCACUCACACACACAGCAUUCCUGUCAUCUGUGGAGCUGCUUCCAGCCUGAGUGUACAUGCAGCAGCCUCCACACCAGGGGCUGAGAGGGAAGAGCAGCAGCAGCCGCCAGGGUACGGGGAAGGGACCAGGCUUUGCACAUCCAUUGGAGCUGGAGAUAUCACAAGGGGUGCAAUAAUAAUUGUGCAUCUGUAGGAUUUGAUUUUACUACAAUUGCACCGGUUGGAAGGGAACUCGCAGAUCUGCGUUGCUGUUACAAUUCUUGGCUCUGCGCGUUUGCAGCCAGAUGGCAUCCUGCGUCCUGAUUGCGCUUGGCGCAGCGCUGCUGGUGUGCGCACAGUGCAACGUGCUGAGGAAAGCGGCGGACGCCAGCGGCAGGAGAUCCAGCCGCAUCCAGCAUGGCCAGUGCACCUACACCUUCAUCCUGCCCGAGCAGGAGGGCAGCUGCCCCGGGGCGGCCACCACAGACCAGUACAACACCAACUCCCUGCAGAGGGAUGCCCCCCAGAUGGAGCAGGACUUUUCCACCCAGAAGAUCCAGCACCUGGAGCAUGUGAUGGAGAAUUACACUCAGUGGCUGCAGAAGUUGGAGAACUACAUUGUGGACAACAUGAAGACAGAGAUGGUGCAGAUGCAGCAGAAUGCAGUGCAGAACCAGACGGCCACUAUGCUGGAAAUAGGGACAAGCCUGCUGAGCCAAACGGCGGAGCAGACGAGAAAACUGACAGACGUGGAAACACAGGUCCUCAAUCAGACGUCCCGCCUUGAGAUUCAGCUGUUGGAGAACUCGUUGUCGACUUACAAGCUGGAAAAGCAGCUCAUUCAGCAGACCCACGAAAUCAUAAAAAUCCACGAAAAAAACAGUCUGCUGGACAAGAAAAUCCUGGAAAUGGAAGUUAGACAUAAAGUGGAACUGGACACCCUGAAGACGGAGAAGGAAACGCUACAAGGGCUUGUGUCCCGGCAGAACUACAUCAUACAAGAGCUGGAGAAACAGCUGACGAAGGCCACCAACAAUAACAGCAUCCUGCAGAAGCAGCAGCUGGAGCUGAUGGACACAGUCCACAACCUGGUGAAACUCUGCUCAAAGGAAGGAGUUACCAUAAAGAAUCCAAAAAGAGAAGAGGAAAAACCGUUCAGAGACUGCGCAGAUCUGUUACACGCCGGGUUUAACAAAAGUGGCGUCUAUACGAUAUAUAUUAAUAAUGUAUCUGAACCUAAAAAGGUUUAUUGCAACAUGGAGUCUGUGGGGGGCGGCUGGACGGUGAUCCAGCACAGAGAGGACGGAACGGUGGAUUUUCAGAGAGGCUGGAAAGAGUACAAAAUGGGGUUUGGCAGCCCAUCUGGCGAAUUUUGGCUGGGGAACGAGUUUAUAUUUGCAAUAACCAGCCAAAGGCAGUACUCGCUGAGAAUCGACUUAAUGGACUGGGAAGGGAAUCAUGCACAUUCGCAGUAUGACCGAUUCCACAUAGGAAAUGAGAAACAGAAUUACAGAUUAAAUUUAAAAGGUCACAGCGGAACAGCAGGAAAACAAAGCAGCCUCAUCCUGCACGGGGCAGACUUUAGUACAAAGGAUGCUGAUAACGACAACUGUAUGUGCAAGUGCGCCCUAAUGCUAACAGGAGGUUGGUGGUUUGAUGCCUGUGGUCCAUCUAAUCUUAACGGGAUGUUUUACAAUGCUGGUCAGAAUCAUGGAAAACUGAAUGGGAUAAAGUGGCACUAUUUCAAAGGCCCCAGUUACUCAUUGCGCUCAACAACGAUGAUGAUUCGACCUUCAGACUUCUAAUUCAGGAGCUGGACACUGGAAUACUAUAACUUGUGGGACGUGUUCUUCAUUUCCAUUGCUGAAGGAAGGACUUACAGCAUGUCCAGCGAGACUGGAAUUACAGGAAGAUUUGUUGAACACAGUUUGAGGAAUUCGUCUAGGCAAUGUGGUGUCAAAACUGGAGCUACUGGGUUUUCAGCAAAGACUCUAAAAUUGGUCCAAGCAUUAUGGAUGUGUUCUUGAUCACCUCACCAAUGGACUUGCCAUCCGAAACUGCAUAUAACUUAAUGGUGUGGAAGAUUGGGUUGAUGAGAAAUGUCAUAGAUAGGCACAUACAGCACGAAAAUUCUCAAAAAUUAAAAAGACCGGGAGAACAAGAAACUUUUUACGUGAGUUCACAUAUAGACCAUUCUGGAUGACUUUAUCAAUAUAUUUUUCUACGGAUUACUUCAGCGGACUGUCUUCGUCAGCUUUAAAUGUAGCUAAGCAUUUAAUGGUUUAAUAUCAUUUCAAAAUUUCAAUGUGAAAUUGUUUUGUUGGGUGUUAUGUUAUGAAUUUCUAAUGUUUAGUUCAGAUAUGUCAACCAGAAAAAAAAUACAGAUAGGAGAAAUUGCAAGAUUGAAGCUUAUCAGUUCGUUAGGAACCAGUGAUAUCAUUGAGGCACAUUGGAGGUACCACCGGUUCUCAUUGGUAAGAUGAAUGCUUCAGCCAACAAAAUUGCCGUCUUCACUGUGUGGAGGCAUCUGGUACUGUUUAAUGCAAAACCUUCAACCCUGCAACUCGAGCAUUUAAACAUAGUGGGAGAAAUAAAAUGUAGAGAGAUAAAGUAACAACCAAUCAGGUCCUAACUUCCAUGUUACAGGCUGUGCUUGAAAAAUGAUAGGAGCUGAUUGGUUGGUACUUUAUCUCUUUUCAUCUCUCUCCAGGGCUUGAUACAUCUUGCCCUAAGUAACAACCAAAACAGUGUAAUAUUGCUAUAGUUUACAUUUAUGUAUUUUUUUCAAUUCACAAAAUUUUGUUAUAUGAGAUUCUCUGCAAAAAUAUUAAACACAGAUUUAAAAAAAAAAAAAACUAUAUCAACCAAUUCUUAGAACAUUGGCAGGGUUAUAGUACAGGCAAACGUUAAAAUGGUAACGCAAAGAAAUAUUGUUGUAAAUAAUUUUUUUGUAUUACACUUUAUUUUUUUCAUAGCUUGGUUUGUAUGCAAUAAUACGCCUUAGUAUACGUGCAUGGAGUAUGGCUGCACAAACUAUAUUUUAUGCAUAUUUUAGGUACAGAGAACUAUGAAGAAAAUGUGACAUACUUAAGUCAAAUAACUAAGUUUUCUCAAAGUAUAAAAAUAUUGCAUAAAUGAAACACACAUUAUUCAAGGUGUUAUUCUUAUACCAUAUGAUAAAUGAAGGUGUGUUUUUUGUGGAAAGCAAAGUUCAGGUUUUAUUAUACAGAAAUCGGUUACUAACAAUGUUCUGAAAAUCAGAAAUUAAAAAACAAAAUAGGUAACAAUGUCCUACAGAAGAUAGUAACCCUAACCAUAAGCCGCCAAUUAUAAUACCAACAGCGGCAUUCCCAAUCGAUGCCCAGGAUCCUAACAUCUAAUUAGGUACUAUACUAUACCUAAUCCCCAAACCCACUAACCCUAACUUCCUUUUUUGUAGCCUGAUUAUAACACUCCCCCUCCCCCCACAACCUAACCCUAACCCUCCCCGGUGGUGCCUAACCGACCGUUCUCGCAGGCCUUACCGUAAAUCCCCCUCCCCGCAGCCUAGCCCUAAUGCCCCCCCCCCCCGCAGACUAAUACUCUCCCCCACAACGUACCUCUCCGCAGGCCUUGCAAAUCCUCAUUCGGGAUCCUGCCGUUCAAUGUGAAUAUUAGCAUAUUGAAAGCAUGAUGCUCCAAACUAUGGAAAAAAUAAAUAUUCCCAAAUGUUACAUAAUAGAUCCCAUACCUGGUAAUGGUAUUCAUUAAACAAAUAUAUAUCUGGGCUCUGGGGAAUUCCAGAACCAUCAAGCCCCAAACAAUGACUUAAAAAAGAAGGAUAUGUAAUAAGCAUAUGGAACAGGAGGGUCUGCAAGGCACAUUGGUGUUCAGAACGUGUUCUGUUUUUUGGGGGUACAGUGUAUUCGUCUGCAGGUACAGAUGAAUAUAUGGUUUUAAUAGGGAUCAGUGGUCCUUACUGCUGUUCUAAAUGUGUAUUACAUGCACUCAUGUGAUGGGCAUACAGUAUUUAAGAGCACGGUAACGUGUAUUAAAGUAUACACUAGUGUAGUGUAUGAAAGUAAUGCUUCAUUUUAUUUAACAUCCAGGACCACUGCAAGAAAUAAAAAAAAAUUGUGGGACAAUUGAAUAAGCCACUGUGGUCAUGAUGGGCCGUUCCAGAAUGGAACACCGUGACCAGUAAUAUCAUUAGUUUUUCCUUGCGCCCCAUAGAUGUGCCAGAAAAAUAGCAAUGUUACAGGUGCACGUUAUGCCCGAUAAGUGCGCACGAGAUCAUGGCAACUGUUCCGGAGGCACUUUGCACCCAUCACGCUGAACUGAAUCCCCCCCAUAGAAUCUAUUUUCAUUACACAUCUUGGGGCAGAUGUAUUAACCUGGAGAAGGCAUAAGGAAGUGAUAAACCAGUGAUAUGUGCAAGGUGCAGUGGAGUAAGUUCGUCCCAGUUGCCCGAAGGCAAGAUAAAUAUUGGUGCCCCCCCCCAUAUUUCCUAUAUUAAGAUAAAUAAAUGUGUGUGUGUGUGUGUGUGUGUGUGUGUGUGUGUGUGUGUGUGUGUGUGUGUGGAGUGUUCUGAAAAAAAUGUAUAUACUGUAUUUAUACAUUUAAUUGUCUUUUAUUUUAAAUCACACAAUUAUUAUCAGUCAUACCCAGGAUUAGAACCCAUGACCUGUUACACUGACAGCAGACACUUUACUGAUGGAGCUAUUUGCUUCUGUA